AUGACCGCGCCCGUCAUCAUUGUCGGCGGGGGCCUGGCUGGGCUUGUCGCCGCCACAGAACUCGCCAAAAAACAAGUACAUGUCGUUAUUGUCGACCAAGAAAACGAAGCCAACCUGGGUGGACAGGCAUUCUGGUCGCUAGGUGGCAUAUUCUGCGUCAAUUCGUCCAACCAGCGCUUUCUCGGAAUCAAGGACAGUCGCGAGCUGGCAAUGCAAGACUGGUUCAACAGUGCAAGAUUCGACCGUGAAGACGACUUUUGGCCGAAGAAAUGGGCCGAGGCGUUUGUCAACUUUGCGACUGACCAUAUGGAAACAUAUGUGAAGAACGCCGGUAUCUCGUUUGCGAAUGUUGGAUGGGCCGAGCGAGGCGAUGGGAGUGCCACCGGCCAUGGGAAUUCAGUCCCGCGCUUUCAUCUUACCUGGGGAACAGGUCCCGCAGUUCUAGAAGCCUUUGAAAAGCCCGUGCGUGAGGCAGCCAAAAAGGGCAUUGUCGACUUCAAGUUUCGACACCGAGUCGACGAGCUGAUUGUCGACGAGAGCACUGGCGCUGCGAUCGGAGUCCGCGGUCAUAUCCUUGAGCCAUCUGAUACGGCACGAGGAGUCGCGAGUAGCCGUGAGACAAUCGACACUUUUGAAUUGUAUGGCAGCAAUAUCGUCAUCACCAGUGGCGGCAUCGGCGGCAAUGUUGACAUGGUGAAGAAGAACUGGCCGGUUGAUCGGCUUGGUCCGCAUGUGCCCAAGUCGUUUGUCGUUGGCGUCCCGGCACACGUUGAUGGAAGAAUGAUUGAUAUCGCACAAGAAGCCGGAGCGAACGUGAUCAACAGUGACCGCAUGUGGCACUAUACCGAAGGGUUACAUAAUUGGAACUCUAUUUGGCCUCAGCAUGGAAUCCGCGUUCUCCCCGGCCCAUCCUCCCUUUGGUUAGAUGCCACCGGUAGUCGACUACCAGCUUUUCUCUUCCCAGGCUGCGACACCCUUGCUACUCUGAAGCAUAUAUGCAGCACUGGGUACGAUUAUACCUGGUUUAUACUCGACCAAACCAUUAUUUCCCGAGAAUUCGGGCUCUCCGGCUCCGAGCAGAACCCAGAUGUGACCAACAAGAGCAUCCUGGGAAUGCUUUGGCGGAUUUUCGGAUCGUCGCCCACCGGCCCUGUCCAAGCAUUUAUGAAGCACGGGGAGGACUUUGUCGUCGAAUCUUCAUUGUCCGACUUGGUAGCCGGAAUGAACAGGCUCGCCAAGGAGAGAGACGGGCCUCAGCUGGAUGUUGAAGAUGUGCGACGAGAGAUCAACCUUCGAGACAUGCAAUUCGAAAACCAGUACAGCAAGGACGCACAGGUGAUGCUGAUCCAGAACGCACGAAACUACCCGACAGAAAAACGCGGCAGAGUUGCCAAACCGCACAAGAUCCUGGAUCCCAAGCAUGGCCCGUUGAUUGCAGUGCGCAUGAACCUGCUGACGCGAAAGUCGCUAGGCGGGCUUCAGACAGAUCUGGAUUCGAAUGUGCUGCGUCCGGACGGGACACCGUUCCCAAAUCUGUAUGCUGCUGGGGAAGUUGCUGGUUUUGGCGGAGGCGGCGUGCAUGGGUAUAGCUCUCUAGAGGGGACAUUCCUAGGAGGAUGCAUCUUUUCGGGGCGGGCAGCCGGGCUCAAGGUCGCUGAGCAAGUGGGUUAG